UUCAUGUGUGCAUUUUACUAACUUCUCGGUUUUAUCCGGCCUUAGGAUAAUAUAGAUCAACACAUUAAAACUCCAAAGCCACUGUGAAGGAAAAUGUGAUAACUUAUUCCUAUAGCAGUUAUACAUUUGUUUAUUGAGAUCACAAUGCUUUCAGGAAAAAUGUUGAAAAUUCUUCUUUUGUUUUCAUCCUGUGUCGCUGUUUUCAUUUUGGAAUGCCAAGUAUAUGGUACAAUAAUUGCCAGAUGUGACGGACAGAUGGAUACCGGAGAUUUCUUCAGUGUGAACUACACCGCCAUAAACUCACACUGUAACUGUACAAUACUCCCAAGAUAUGAUGGAAGUUUAAAAUUUGCAUCGAAUACCAUACAAAAAAAUUGUUAUACGGAAAUCACCAUACAUGAAUUGCCGGAACUGAAUAGUACUUUGAUACCAUGUAAAGGCGAGAGACAAACACCAACAUUCAAAGUAACACAAGACAGUUUGUUUUAUAUGACAUCCCGAUCGGUCAACAUUACCUCAGCACCACAAAGAUUUCUCCAGAAUAUCAGAAUAUUUGGAAUUGCAGACGACAAUUCGUCGAAGGCAUUGAUUUCUGUUACUUGUGGGGCAACAUUACAAAGUUCAUCAGCAAAGCCCAGUGAUGUAAUAACAACGGCAGAUAAUGGUUAUUCGUCAACUACGGGUGCAAAUGGCAAUUUUGUCACUAAAACUUCACAUCUAGAGAGUAUUCAACCCCCCUCUACAACAGAGGAAAUUCAGUCAAAACACAGCUUUGUCACUAAAACUUCACCAGAUGCAGUUUCAACGUAUUCCAAAAAGGAUCUAGAGAAUAUUCAACCCCCCUCUACAACAGAGGAAAUUCAGUACUCAAUAUUUGUGGCUGUAGGAAGUGGAAUUGUCGUUAUAGCUGUUGUUUUUGUGAUGAUUUUCUGUAUACGGAGAAGAACCCACGAAAGAGGUACAAAUAAAUCUGACAAACUGCUGUGCGGAGGGCAACGCAACGUGGCCAGUGGCAACAAGGAACUUCCGUACAAUCCUCUUUAUCACCAGUUCAAUAACGAGGCUGACGGAGGAUAUUCAACAAUGGAGGACGUAAACAGAAGUCCUUGCGAUGAACUUCCAGACAACCCCUUGUAUCUUUCUCAUCAAGAGAACACAAAGGCAAGUGGCCCAGCCAGCAUGGUGGAAGAAAAGACAGGAAAGGAAGAUAUUCCAAUGUUAGAGACCGGUAGUAAUGCAAUUUAUGCUCAACCAAAUAAGGUUCCAAAAGGACCGAAGUCUGAGGUGGAAGAUAUCAGUCAGACUGAAAAUGUGUAUGCUCAAGUUAAAAAACUGGAUAAAAAAUGAAUAUUCUUAAAAUGCGGAAGUUUAGCUAGAUAUAUCAUUCAAGGAAAAAUCAUUAUCAUUCCCAAAAAACAUCGAGAUAGAUAUCAUCUGUGUGACAGAAAUAUUAAUCGGAGGGUUUAUGAUUAAUACGUACAUAAUUUAUUAAUUGUGGUUUUAGUUAAGAAUAUACUUUAAUGAUUCAAUUGAAUUUUACAAUCUGAAUCCUGGAAUAUAAGUUAUAAAAGCAAAUCUUACAAUUGCAUUUAAUAAAUAUAAUUGACCUGGAAAUUGAAUGUGGACGCUAGUCUUCAGGAAUAAUGUGCAAAAAUCGAUAUCUUCACUGUUUCAAUACCAGAACUUUUAAGGUGCAUGUACAUUUUAUGUAUUGUUAUUACACUGAACUUUAUGGUAUAAAAUUUUACUAAUAAAAACUUGUUUUAUUGCUUUUCA